AUGAUGCAAUCAGAAAGGAGCCUCCAGGGUUUUGGCUCUAGAUAUAGGCAAAAUUCUUUCUCGUAUGAUGUUAAGCGCGAUGUGUACAAUGAGGAGACCUUUCAUCAGGAGCACAGAAGGAAGACCGCUUCCUCUGGGAACAUGGACAUCAACAUCACCACCUUCAGACACAACGUCCAGUGCCGCUGCUCAUGGCACAAGUUCCUAAGAUGCAUGAUUACAAUCUUUCCCUUCCUAGAGUGGAUGUGUUUGUAUCGAUUCAAGGAUUGGCUUCUUGGAGACUUACUGGCCGGUAUAAGUGUUGGCCUUGUGCAAGUUCCCCAAGGCCUGAUGUUUAGUUUGCUGGCAAGGCAACUGAUUCCUCCUCUCAAUGUCACUUAUGCAGCUUUCUGUUCUUCGGUAAUUUAUGUAAUUUUUGGAUCAUGUCAUCAAAUGUCCAUUGGUUCCUUCUUCCUUGUGAGUGCUCUGAUGAUCAAUGUCCUGAGACUGUACCCAUUCAACAGUGGCCACCUGGUACUGGGAACAUUCCUCAAGGGUGACUUUUCUAACCCCUCCUUUUUGAAGGCCUAUAACCGAUCCUUGAGUGUGGUGGCAUCCACAACUUUUCUGACUGGGAUUAUUCAGCUAUCAAUGGGUGUGUUAGGUUUUGGCUUCAUUGCCACUUACCUUCCGGAGGCUGCAAUCAGUGCUUACCUGGCUGCCACUGCACUACACGUUAUGCUGUCUCAGCUGACUUGCAUCUUUGGGAUUAUGAUUUCUUUCCACGCUGGUCCCAUCGCCUUCUUCUUUAACAUAAUUAACUACUGUAUAGCUCUCCCAAAAGCUAAUUCCACCAGUAUCCUACUAUUUCUAACUGCUAUUGUCGCUCUGAGAAUCAACAGAUGUAUCAGGAUUUCCUUCAAUCGGUACCCCAUUGAGUUUCCCAUGGAAGUUUUUCUGAUUCUUGGCUUCACUAUAUUUGCAAACAAGAUAAGCAUGGCCACAGAAACCAGUGGGAACUUCAUUGAUAUGAUUCCUUAUAGCUUCGUGUUUCCUGUAACACCAGAUUUCAAAAUUCUUCCUCAAAUUAUUUUAGAAGCCUGCUCCUUAGCUUUAGUGAGCUCCUCUCUGCUCAUAUUUCUGGGCAAGAAGAUUGCCAGUUUCCAUAACUACAGUGUCAAUUCCAACCAGGAUUUAAUAGCCAUCGGCCUUUGCAAUGUCGUCAGUUCAUUUUUCAGAUCUUGUGUGUUUACUGGUGCUGUAAUCAGGACUAUUAUCCAGGAUAAAUCUGGAGGAAGACAACAGUUUGCAUCUCUGAUAGGCGCAGGUGUGAUGCUGCUCCUGAUGGUGAAGGUGGCACCCUUUUUCUACAAACUGCCAAACGCUGUGCUGGCUGGUAUUAUUCUGAGCAACCUCCUACCAUACCUUGACACCAUUUACAACCUACCUGAUCUGUGGAGGCAGAACCAAUAUGACUGUAUUAUUUGGAUGGUGACGUUCACAUCUGCCAUUUUCCUGGGACUGGACGUUGGGCUUCUUGUUUCAGUAGCUUUUGCCUUCUUCGUCAUCACCGUUCAGUCACACAGAACUAAGAUUCUCCUCCUGGGUCAGAUCCCUAACACCAACAUUUAUAGAAGCAUCAAUGACUAUCGGGAGGUUAUGAACAUUCCUGGAGUGAAAAUCUUCCAGUGCUGCAACUCCAUCACCUACGUCAAUGUUCACGAACUCAAGCAGAAGCUGUUAAAAGAGGUUGAAAUGGUGAGGGUGCCUCUCAAAGAAGAAGAAGUUUUCGGCCUGUUUAAUCAGAGUGAAGAUAACUCACAGGAAGAAAAGAUGUGUCGCUGUCACUGCAACUGUGAUGAACCGGAGCCCCCGCCCAGGGUUGUUUACACAGAACGAUAUGAAAGUAAACGGGACCGCGACUCAUCCUCCAUUAACCUGAUCCGCUGCUCACGUUUGGAGAGCACAGACAUGAGCCAAACUGUGUCCAACGAACAAGUACCCUACGCAGCGUCUUCCGUGUCUCACAGAAACCAAGGGCAAAACCAUGAGGACGUGGAGAAUGCUUGGCUUCCUCACAACCCCUCUAGAAACAGCUCAAUGCCUAAUGCUGCUGAAAGUCAGGUCAGGAACAGAUCGCUCAUCCCUUGCUCAGACACGUCUCUUCUCCCCAUGACCCACACCAUCAUCCUGGAUUUCUCCAUGGUGCAUUUUGUGGAUUCACAGGCUUCAGUCGUGUUAAGACAGAUGUGCAAUGCUUUCCAAAACGCCUACAUUUUGGUGCUCAUAGCAGGGUGUCACUCUUCUGUUGUCAGGGCAUUUGAGAGGAAUGAUUUCUUUGACGCUGGCAUCACCAAGGCCCAGCUGUUUCUCACCGUCCACGACGCUGUGCUGUUUGCCCUGCCAAGGAGCUUUCCAGAGUCCUCCGAGUUAAGCGUGGAUGAGUCUGAGACAGUGAUACAGGAAACCUACUCAGAAACAGACAAGAAUGGAGACUCAAGACAUAAAUUGAGCAACAAUCUUCUAGAAAUCCCCAAAAAGAUGGGUACAGCCUUCACCGCAAAGCAGGAGCCAACACCAGAGGAGGACUCAGACCUAGCCAUGGAGCUGGAGCCCACACCAGAGUCAGAACGAGAGACUGGACUGCAUCUAGAGCUGAACCUUGAUCGUGAGUUGGAGCCCGAGUCAGAGCUGGAGCCUGAAUCUGAGCUGCAGCCAGAGCUGGAGCCGGAGCCUGAGCUGGAGCCAGAGCUGGAGCCCAUGCCCGAGCACAAAUUCAGAUCAAGGGUUCACACUUACCCUCGGCAGCAGUACUGGCCUCUGUAUGAGUCUUUGCCUCCCGACUCCCCAACUCAGACUCAGCCUAGUCAGCGGACAGUGGACAGGAGACGUCACUAUAUGAAUUCAUAUUCACCCCAGGGCCAUGACACUGAGGAUCCCUAG